AUGGCGUUCUUUGAGACUUCUCCCUCUCAACUAUACUACCUCGCUGCAGGUGUCCUUCUCGUCUCGGCUGCAGCGGCGGUGCGUCUACUUCGCCCGUCACUCAAAGGCAUCCGUGGCCCACCGCGUUCUUCCUUCUGGCUUGGCAAUGAAGGCGAUAUGAGAUAUCAGUGUGACGUCGGAGACGUUGAGUUUCCUUGGCUCGGUGAAUAUGGAGGUGCAUGGAAGAUAUGGGGACCGCUUGGGGAGGAAAGACUCGUACUCGCGGAUCCGAAGGCUCUGCAGUAUGUCUUACAAACAUCGGGCUACCGCUUCCCUAAGCGUCCGGACACCCGCGCAAAUGCUCGAAUGCUGCUCGGAGACGGGAUCAUCUGGGCCCACGGCGAGCGACACCAGCGGCAUCGAAAGAUCAUGAAUCCGGCUUUCUCCGUCCCCCAGCUCAAGUCCUUCUUGCCACUCUUCCUCCGACAUGGCGAAAAGUUAGCUCAGAAAUGGAAGGAGGAGGAGAUCGCGCCGAACGGCGACCAGGCGCCGGUGUUCAACGUUCACAAAUGGCUUUCACGGACGACUUUGGAUGUCAUCGGAGAAGCGGGCUUUGGUUUUCACUUCGGCGCUCUGGAUGAUGCAACGCAUGAACUAUCAAAGAUCUACGAUAACCUCUUCGUCGACACCAGUCUUUACCCACCUGCGUGGGACAUCGUCUUCCGCUCUCUGUGGGGGUUCCUACCCGAAGGCCUCCUGUGGUAUUUUCGCUAUCUACCCGGCCGCGAGUACCGGCGUUUCCGGGGAUACCAGGAUUUCAUGCGGGUUUUUGCGCGCAAGCUGAUCAGCCAGACCAAGACAGGCGCCAAGGGAGAAGGCAAGGAUGUUAUGAGCGUGCUCAUGCAUGCGAACGAAGCAGAGAACCCUAAGCUCAAGCUGACGGAGGUAGAGAUGCUAGACCAGAUUUCGACCAUCAUGCUUGCUGGACAUGAUACGACUGCCAGCAGCCUGACAUGGUGGUUGUACGAGCUUGCGCGUCACCCCGACUGGCAACUACGCGUCCGCGACGAGAUUCGCGACGUGCGUCGUAAGCUCCAAGAGCGCGGGGACGACGACUUCUCCAUCAGCGAUCUCGAGGGUAUGUCGGUUAUGCAGGCCACGCUCAGGGAGGCCAUGAGGAUUCACCCUAUCGUAUGGCUGCUCAAUCGGACCGCUGGUCAAGACGACGUGAUCCCGUUGUUGAAGCCCAUCGUGACGGAGUCAGGUCAAGAGAUCUCGGCUAUUCCUGUCCGGAAGGGCCAGAACAUUGAGAUCUCCAUCGCCACUUAUAACCGCAACCCCGAUGUUUGGGGCGCCGAUGCAGGCGAAUGGAACCCAGAGCGGUUCAUGCGCAUCGACAAGGCCGGGAUGACAUCUGUGGGCGUAUUCGCAAACUUGCUCAAUUUCUCCGCCGGACUUCGCGCUUGUCUAGGCUGGCGUUUCUCCGUGAUUGAGAUGCAGGCCAUCGCGGCGACGCUCAUCGAGAACUUCGAGUUCGGCCUGCCGCCCCAGACGAAGGAGAACAUCAUCCACCGUAAGCCGACGGGAGUCAUGGCCCCCAUGACAGAAGGUGGUACCAGUAUUUGGAUGGGCCUUAAGGUCAAAUACUGCGGGUCUGCGUGA